CAACAAUCAGCUCUGAGGAUCAGAUAAAAGCAGCUCCUGCAGAUUCAAGUCAGUGUCAAAGCAUUCUCUGCCUUUUGAGUUCUAGUUUAGUGGUAACUGUAGCAGAAUGAGGUUUCUGUGGAUUUCUUGUCUGCUCAUUGGGAGCAUCUCCUGUCUUCCUCAAGGAGGAUACGAUCCAUCCAUGUUUCUAUACACUGGACAAGCUCCAUCCUAUGAGAAACCUUCUGCACAGUCCAGUGGCUACAGCAGUCCGCAAGGCUAUUACAGUGCUGGCACCAACACUGCUGGAGGCUCUACAGACAGUACUGCUCCCAUGUGGUACUCUGCUUCCUAUCCUGAACAAGAGCCAGCCAAGCCAACUUAUCAGAGACCUGCACAGUCCAGUGGUUAUGGCAGCUACUCUGGUUCUGGAUCUCAACAGUCUGGUUCCCAGGGUGCUCAGUCUGGAGCUCCAGGCAGCCAGCACCAGGUUGAACAGGAGAGCUGGAGCUCCUCAUCUGACGACGAGGAAGAGCCAGAGUUCACUCCAGUGAGUGAGGAGGAUCAAGUGUACGCUAUCAAGUCUCGCUCUCGCUACAACCAGAAACGGCUGCUGUUCAGUCAGUUCCGCUACACCCCAACAGAACCCCGUGUUCCUAAAGAACCAGUGUUCCCGUACCCCAGCAAGUCUCAUCAGGGCAAAGGUUCAGCCAAAGGAAGCCGCUAAGAUCUGACUCCAUGUGUUCUGUGGCUGUUGGCAGUUACUGAAAUGCAAGUGCUGUGUGGUCUUUAAAAAUAAAUCUUUGAAGUUUG